AUGCAGCGGCGGGCCUUGCACCAGUGCACGCAGCUGCUGCUGCUGCUGCAGGGGGCACGUCGCGCCACCUCCUCCACCACCACCGCCGCCGCGGCGCGGCGGUGCCACGAUGAUAGAAGCGGGCUGCUGCUGGGGCGGAGGCCCCGGCGGUGUGCGUCACUCGUGCGGGGGGACGGCGUGCUGCGGGAGUGCCGUCGCUUCGCGUCGAUGAUUACGCGGCGCCGGAGCCGACCGAAGAACUCCCGCAGCACGCCUCCAGCUGCGGUGGCGACCGCGGCCACGCGGCAGCCGGGGCAGCCCGAAGAAAAGCAGCAACGCCCAACCGCUCCGGCGCCGGCGCGGAAAGCGGCCGUCGAGUCAUCAGCAGCGCCGCAAAUGCGAACGGCCGCCGCCGCCAAAAACGCGGCCGCGAUGCUGCCGAAGUCGGGGGCGCCCGUUAACCCCGUUGCCCGGCAGGAGAGCGGUGCGCCUCCUACCGUUGCCGUCUCGCCUUCGUCUGCGUCUGCGUCUGCGUCUGCAACGGGUGGGGGAGGCAACGCCGCCGCCGCGGAGAUUGGUUCUCUGCUUGAUAUUGAGUCCCCCCUGAAUCUGCGCCUUGCGACGCUGAUGCAGCAGCCGGGGAAGGCAUUCCGCGCCUUUGCCGUGACGUUUUCCACCAAACGUGACAUCAACUUUGCCGUUGUGUUUGAAGACAUUGCCUCGGGGGCCAAGCUGCAGUGUCGGCUGGAUGAGGUGCGGUCGGUGUACAUGCCGUGGGUGCGCCAAUUCCACGCCUCCUGGGUGGUGCUCUUCGUGCCAACGCUAUCGACGGCCAACGCGGUGCUGCUGGAAAACGCCGUGCUGUACAACGUCACGGGUCGUGCGGAUGCCUCUGAGGCAGGGGGAGAAAAGGCGUUGGAGGAGCCCGACCACGUCUUCAUGUCCUACAGCAAACUGAGAGAGACCCUGUGCAAGACAAAGCGAGACGAACACGUAAAAACAGAGCUGCUCAGUAACGCCAUUCUUAACGCACACGCGGAAGCGUGGCGGAGUUUUAUUCAUUCCCCGGGAUCCUGCUCGCCCAUGGAAGUUGUGACAGCCGCCUUUGAGUUCCGGGCCCAGCUUGGUCAACCACUACUCAACAAGCAACUCCUUCACGCACAGCUAUCUGCGGCGGCCACGGCGCUGCAGCAGCCUGGCAAGCGUAGUGCCUUGUCAUCCUCGUCCGCGGCGUCGCGUGGGUCUAGUCACGGGACUUCGCGGAAGAAGGAGUCCUGGAUGCUUGUCUUUGUCUCCGCCCCGCUGGCGAGCGCGUCCGGGGCGGGAAGUGUGGUGCCGCCCAUGCAGGACCUCUUGACGGGCGAGUUUGUGGAGCCGCUACUGCUUGGGGAGAAGAGCGUCAUUUACAUCAUCGGCUCCGGCACCGCAGCGGAGUCGUUUGCGCAAUUUCCGCUUAUGCGGAAGGGAAAACAAAAGAUGUCGAUUCUACUGCAGGACAUAGAGAACCAACUCGGGCUGCGACGCCCGAACCGGCCGACGCUUACAAUGACGCUGAUUCAGGCGCUGGACCUCUUCUCGCGGUACACCUGGAUGGGACUGAUGCGGACGGAGGACGGCUCACUUCGGGCCCCGCGGCCGCCACGGAGCUUCACACCGCUGCACCGGCGCUCCGUCACCUGUGAGAUUGUGCCCACCUUUUUGGAGUCCGCGCUUGGGCACGUCGCACACAACUUAGGGGCUGGCGGCGGCGGCGCCCUGGGCGUUGCCGCGGGAGGGGCGGGCGGCGGCGGGGCCAUGGCGCGGGGCAAGUUGAACCGGCGCCUGGAGGAGCACAUCAAGGCCAUCUUUAAUAGUAAUGAGCGGCUUGCGCUGGAGCAGGAGUGGCGCACGAGGCUGCGCGGCUUUGGGUGCUUCUUUAUGGAGGUGAAGUCCGCGAACGUGACGGCGGCUCGCCGCGCCGACAACCCCUUCUCUGCUCGAAAUGGGAUUGUGGAGUUUCACGGGCAGCUCUGGCGCUCGCUCGACGCGGAGGCGGCAAACCCGCCGCCGGUGGAGACGCUCUCGGCGCGGCUGGCGGCCAACGGGGACGUGAAGGCGUUUGUGGAGCCGGAGCGCUGCGUGCCCGCGGAGCUCCCGAUCAGUAGCGGGGUGGGAGGGGCGGCUGAGCCCCGCGCCGCCAACGCCAUCCUUGUGGCGUGGGACGUGAAGCGGGCGCUGCUGUUCCUGCGGAGCAGCGGGAGGCUGCAGCAGUUCCUGCACAACGGGGGCCGCAUCUGGUGCGCCCAGUACGCGCAGUACCUGCUGAAGGGUUUUAACCACGACAACCUCGCCACCAUGGAGCGCACCCUGCUGCACUACCACAUUGGACAGGCCAAGCUGCACCCGCUGGAGAAGCUGCGAAUUAUCUUUGAGCGACAACUCGACAUCGCCGUGAGCACGCGCCAGUUGAUCUCCAUUUUACACCGCAUGGACGGCCUCUUGGCCGCCACGGAGAUGGAGCUUCGUGGGCUGCAGAUCUCCCCGCAACCAGACGUGACGCAGUUUUCGCUGCACCUAAAAAGGUCGCAUGAAAAGCUGGAGCGGCUUGUAAAUGAUAAAAUUAUGGAGUUCACUACAGGCAUGGACGACGAGGUGCGGAAGCGGAUAAACUUCCGCUCUCCGCAGGACAUUAGCACAAUCAUCUACGGUGGGGCACUUUGCCGUCACCUGGGGGCUCGGUAUGUGCCGGUGCAGACGGCACGGGUUCCCGUGACGGCGCUCUUUCCGCACGCCGUCUGUCGUGUGACGGCGACACCGACCCCAGUGGCGUAUACGCAGCCUGAAAGCCUGAUUGCGCUCAAGGCAUCCAGCAACAGCAGCGGGAGUCGGUGGGGCAAGACAAGCGUGACGGAGAGUAAAGUGCGGGCGGCGUUGGAGACCAUCGACAAGUACACCACACGCAACACGCUAGAAAACCUAUUGCACUGCACGGCCGUGGUGGUGCUCACGUGUAAGGUGCGUCCGGGCAACUUUCUUGAGCUGGUGUGUUUGCACUGCCCCAGCACUGACCCUGGCGAUGAGUUGAAGUACAGCGUUGCCAUUGACGACGUUGUGCCGGUCACUGAUGAGCCCGAGAUGCUUACCGUGACGCAGCUGAAGGAAAAGAUUGUCAACUACAAGCCCCUGCGGGCACUACAGCCGCUUAAAAAAUACGGCAAGAAGAGCUACGACCUUCGCAACCUGCUCAUUCUCACAAACUGCACCCACGACAAACUUGCCGCCCUGGUCGACACAGGAGUUGUGCAGGCCAUUGCAGAGACGGUGCUGGGCCCACACUCUGCGGAUGAGUUCCCCUCUUGA